CGUGUCAUGUGAUCAUCUCGGAGAUGUGUUCAGUCCUCACUAUAUUAGUCUUCACAAUUGGUCCGGCCUGAAUCCACAUAGAUGAAGAUUUCUUCAUGAGCUGAACAUCACGUCAGGAAAUUUAAAAGUAUGCCACAUCCAGUGCACGAUUCUCAAAGGUUGUCUGUGAAAACAUGGGAAGAGGAGGAGAGUGACCAUCCCGAUAGCCCACUUAGCAGAGGGCAGUCGAUGUGCGAUGACACUUCCUCAGAACUACAAAGAAUGGCGGCCAUUGACAGGAGAGAUGCCAAUUCACAGAAUUCCCAUCAUGGCCGAGGGGCUCUCACCAGGAUAGUGAAUAUGGUGAUGACUCUGAGAGAAUGGGCACAGAAGAGCGUAGCUGAGGAGACACAGCGGCCUGAUUCUUUUUUGGAGCGUUUCCGAGGCCCCGCCCACUUGGACAUACAUGCCCCACCCAGCCGAUUUAGUCACAGCCACAAUGGCUCGGAUACAGAUGGUGACAUGAGAUGCUCAAAAAGGAAGAGGAAAUGUAACAAUGUUAUCCUUUCGCCAUCGGAUGAUGCGUAUUACCACUGGCUGAUGGUGAUUGGUCCUGCUGUUUUUUAUAACUGGACCCUGUUAGUUGUCAGGGCCUGUUUUGACGAGCUGCAGACGAGAAAUAUUUUGGUGUGGCUGGUCAUGGACUACAUCUGCGACGGUAUCUACAUCCUGGACAUCGCCGUUCGUCUCCACACGGGUUUCCUGGAGCAGGGCCUGAUGGUGAAAGAUGGCCACCGUUUGAGGGAAACCUAUAUUCGAACUUUACAAUGCAAGCUGGACAUCUGCUCCAUCCUUCCAACCGAUCUGUUAUAUUUGACUUUUGGAGUCAGUCACACGCCCCUUCUCCGAUUCAAUCGUCUGCUGCGCCUGCCGCGGCUCUUUGAGUUCUUUGAACGUACGGAAACAAGAACGGGCUAUCCAAAUUCCUUCCGCAUCUGUAAACUUGUAGUCUACAUCCUGGUGAUCAUCCACUGGAAUGCCUGCGGCUACUACAGUUUCUCCAAAGUCCUGGGACUGGGUUCCGACUCCUGGGUUUAUCCCAAUGCCUCGGAUCCAGAGUAUGCCUCCCUGGCCCGAAGUUACAUAUACUGCCUGUACUGGUCCACUUUGACGCUGACUACCAUUGGAGAGACUCCGCCUCCUGUGAGAGAUGAGGAGUAUCUCUUCCUAAUAUUUGACUUUCUGGUCGGCGUUCUGAUUUUUGCAUCCAUUGUGGGAAAUGUUGGAGCCAUGAUCUCAAAUAUGAAUGCCACGAGAGCAGGCUUUCAGGCUCGUGUGGAUUCUCUGAAGCAUUACAUGCACUUCAGGCAUGUCAACAAGGUGUUAGAACAGCGCGUCAUUAGGUGGUUUGACUACCUCUGGACCAAUAAGAAGACCAUCGAUGAACAGGAAGUUCUGAGGAGCUUACCCAGUAAAUUAAGAGCAGAGAUUGCAAUCAAUGUUCACCUGGACACACUGAAGAAGGUGCGUAUUUUCCAGGACUGCGAGGCAGGCCUUUUGGUGGAGCUGGUGCUCAAACUUCAACCACAGGUUUUCAGUCCAGGAGACUAUAUCUGCAGAAAGGGAGAUGUGGGCAAGGAGAUGUAUAUAAUUAAAGAUGGCCGCCUUGCCGUGGUGGGGGAGGAUGGAGCCACGCAGUUAGCUGUCCUCACAGCCGGUAGCUGCUUCGGAGAGAUCAGCGUCCUGAACAUCAGUGGCAGCAAGAUGGGAAACCGCCGCACGGCUAAUAUCCGCAGUCUGGGAUACUCGGACCUUUUCUGCCUUUCCAAACAAGACCUGAUGGACGCGCUGCAGGAGUUCCCUGAUGCUAGGGCUCAACUGGAGCAGAGGGGUCGGGAUAUCCUGCGGAAGGAGGGGCUCCUGGAAGAAAUUAAUGUGUCUGCUGGGGAGGAGCUGGAGGAGAAAGUGGAGAGGUUGGAAACCAGUGUGGAUCGACUGCAGACAAGUUUGGCGCGUCUGCAGAGUGAGUUCAACUCCGCUCAGCUUCGAAUGAAGCAGCGAAUGACAGCCCUCGAGCACAACAUCACCACGACUCCAGGAAGUGACUGUGGGAGUGUCCUGUGAAAAGAGUGAGAACACUGUAUUUGUGGGGGAAAAGAUGGCGCUUUGCAUUGCGUUGGUAGCAGCCAGUGUGGUACCAGUGUCUGCAGCAGAACCGCAGAGCCUCAUCGAAGGUCUUCUUUUGGCCACGGAUGAGCGGCCCUGGCUCUGGGCCGUCUACGUUUUCAUCGUUGGACUUCCCGUUAUUCUUUUCAUCAGCUUGAUGUGGCCUGACAUGAGGUUUGGCCCCCGUGAUCAACAAUAUUACUAUAAAAAGUCUGAUGAUGUACAACGGGAUGACCCCAAGAGCUCGGAAAGGAAGCAAUCAAUCCAUGCAUAGCACAGGCAAAACUGACAGAACAUUGGCAAGAAGAAAAGACACACGCUGUCAGCAGAGGAACUGAAUAAGAUUCGACAGCUCCACGACUAUGCUGUUCUUGACCCCCCCUCAUCCUCUCCAAAAUGCAACAAAAGAAGCAAAAAUAUCAGCAAAUAAAAAUGUGGAACAU